AUGUCUAGAGUUUUAGUUGGAGUUAAGAGAGUUAUCGAUUAUGCCGUCAAAGUCCGUGUCAAACCAGACAAGUCUGGUGUAGUUGUAGAUGGUGUAAAGCAUUCAAUGAAUCCAUUUGAUGAGAUUGCUGUAGAGGAAGCUGUCAGACUUAAGGAAAAGAAGAUAGCAAGUGAAGUUAUAGCUGUGUCAUGUGGACCUGCACAGGCACAAGAAACCCUUAGGACAGCUCUUGCUAUGGGUGCUGACCGUGCCAUCCAUGUUGAGGUCGCUGGUGCUGAAUACGAAACUCUGCAGCCUCUACAUGUUGCCAAGAUCUUAGCGAAGUUAUCCAAAGAUGAAAAAGCUGACUUGGUCAUUGUUGGAAAACAGGCCAUUGAUGAUGAUUCCAAUCAGACAGCACAAAUGACGGCAGCCCUCCUUGACUGGCCGCAAGGAACCUUCGCUUCUAAAGUAGAGAAAUCAGACGCUGGUUUGACUAUCACUCGGGAGAUUGACGGUGGUCUUGAAGUUAUUAAGACAAAGUUGCCCGCUGUCGUCAGUGCCGAUCUACGACUCAACGAGCCGAGAUACGCGACUCUCCCUAACAUUAUGAAAGCAAAAAAGAAGCCCUUAAAGAAGGUAACAGCUAAAGAUCUAGGAGUAGAUAUCGCUCCGAGGAUCAAGAUAGUGUCCGUAGAAGACCCGCCAGUCAGGCAGGCCGGUUCUAUCGUUCCUGAUGUGGACACUCUUGUCGCUAAGCUCAAGGAAAAGGGGCAUGUCUAA